GUGUCAGCACACGGAGUAGGAUAGAGAGAGAAAUCCUUCGAGGUCUGUGUCAGGAGGGCCGCCAUGGAUAGCUCUGACAGUUCCUGCCAGGAAUGGUGCAGCCAUGGACAAUACUGGUUGGAACUCGGACCCACGGACUUAAUGGAGCGCAAGGGCUCCCUAACCCUCCGCUCCCAUCACAAGAAAUACUCGAAGCCAGUAUUGGUGUAUUCCUGGCACCGUGACAGAGAAACUUAUCCCAAAGAUUAUGAUAUAGAGGGUCCUGAAGAAGUGAAAAAACUAUGUAAUUCAACAUAUCGUCGACUUGGAACCAGUGAACCCCUAAUUUGGAUAUCAGAAACAUGUGAAAAAAUGGCACAAGUUUGUUUAAACACGAAACUGCCCAAAAUAAAGAGCAAGGCUUUAUUGAAUGAGGAAACUGUGAACUCUGGAAUUAUUGAAAGGGAUACUGGAUUGCCUGCCACAGGUUUUGGAGCUCUCUUUACUAGACACCCAACAGAUUGGCGCAAAAUGUGUACAUUGACAACAUAUGCUGAAGAAUAUGCUCCACCAUAUGAAUAUCAGCCACUUGGUGAUCCUUGUCAAGAUGAUGAUUAUUCAGUUGUCCACAGAAAAUGCCGUUCUCAGUUCACAGAUCUAGAUGGUUCCAAAAGAUUUGGCAUCAACACUUGGCUUGACGAGAGUGGGAUUUAUGCCAAUUCAUAUGUAAAACGAAAACUCAGCCCAUUAACAGAUGGCCCUAUUACUCCCUUUUUAAAAUAAUGUAUGGAGUCAGAUUCUAUAACUAAUGAAAGGGAGUGGAUGUAACAGUUGAUAAUUUUCUAUCCUAAUAAAUACAAUGGAAACUUUA